AUGUCGGACGAGCUCCGCGACGAGGUCGAGGCCAUCAACUCCAUCUACGGCGACGCCAGCCUCGUGCCGUCCACCACCUCCUCCUCCGGGGCCACCUCCGACUACAUCCUGCAGCUGCCCGGCGACUCCGCCUCAUCGCUGCAGCUUAGCUUCCCCCCUGGCUAUCCCGAUACCGGCGGCCCGCCUCGCGUCGUCGGCGUGCAGCACAGCUCCGGCGGCGUGCGGGGCGCUGGCGAGCGCGACCUGCGUCUGUUUCGCGCCGCGCUCGCUGCGGUGCAUCAACCCGGCGCCGUGUGUCUCUUUGACGCGGUGGAGGAUUUUUCGCGGCGUUUAGAUGAAGAAUGCGCAGCAGCAGCAGCAGCAGCAGCAGCAGCAGAAGCAGCAGCAGCAUCUCCUGUCGCUGCUGAACAACAUGAUGGUCAAGGCAAGGAAGAGUCAAGGGGUGUAUUCACGCAGUCGGAGAGCGAGAUUGACUUACAGGCCGUCGACGACCUCGCCACGCUGCCGCCGCCAAUGUGGACGCUCUCGGAGCAAAUCGUCGACACCAAGUCUACCUUUGUCGCGCACGUGGCGCGUGUGACGUCUCCCUUGCAAGCACGCUCAUACGUUGCGCAGCUGCUCGCGAGCGAUAAGCGCAUCCGCAGCGCGACGCACAACAUUACAGCGUGGCGCAUCCGGGGCCCCAGGCAGGCGAGCUUUCAGGACUGCGACGACGAUGGCGAAGAUGCGGCGGGAGGCAGGCUGCUGCACCUGAUGCGGCUGAUGGAGCUGUGGGAUGCCAUGGUGGUGGUGACGCGGUGGUACGGCGGGGUGAAGCUGGGGCCGAGGCGGUUCGCGGUGAUUAAUGCGGUGGCGAGGGAUGGGUUUGUGAGGGCGGGCAUGGUGACGGAGGGCGGCGGCGGAGGCAAGGGAAGGAAGAAGUGA